CCUGCAUGAGAUAUUUAGACGGUAAAAUGACGGCAGGACUCAUGGUUCGUCUCUUCGCCUCCACACUACAAGUACCAAGUGUUACAUUUGUGAAUUAGUGAGAGAAAAUAUUGCGAAUAGUGAGAAAAUAUUUUUAUUUUUUUUGAAAUGAUGAUCAAGAUUUUUGAAAAUAUUGUCAAAAAUUAAAAAUCUUACGAAAUGGGUAACACUCAGAGUGAAGGAAAAUUGACGAAGGGCGUUAAAGGAAAAGGUUUGAAGAUAAUCAGAGGUAAACGAGGAAAAUCUGAGGAAACUCAAUUCACUUCAAUCGUUCCUAAUGAUCAAACGUAUCCAACGAUUGAUCAUUAUGGUAACAGUAAAGAAGAAAAGGAAAAAAAUAAUAUUGAAGAUUUAAAAAUUAUUGAUGCAUCCCAACCGGGAGAAGAUCAAAAAAACUUGAAAAUGCAAGAAAUUCUGACGACCAGUGAAGAAUCAAAUUCGGAAACACCUGUAGGAUUUUCAACUGAAAUUAACCAAUGUUAUUAUAGCGAAGAAAGCGGAUUAUCAGAAGUUGAAGUACCAGAUAAUAUUCAUGACAGUUUUCUGCACAAUUUAGCCCUGAACAGUUUUAAAUUGAAUGAUCAUAAAUUACGUAGAGAACAGGUUUUGACGGAUAAAAUGAGUAAAUUGGGGGUUUCUAAAACCAGUCAGAUUAGUUUGGAGUCGGAUCCAAACGAAUCCUUCGUCUCCGACAAUGUGGAAAUUGUUACAAAAGUUAUGAUGAUGUCCGAUUUUGACCAAAAAAUGAGCGGGGAAAGUGGUAUUUCACCGGAUGUAAGCGGGGAAUUUAAGGAGGAUGGGUUUUCAAAAAACGAGGAAAUCCUCGAUGAAAAAGAAGAUAAGAAAAGUCAAAAAUUACAAUCAAUUUCACCAACAACCCCAACUGGUUAUGUAGAAUACAAACGGUUCAAAUCGGAACCUGGAGAAAACUCAAAAAUUGUAGCGGACAGUUUAGUUUUGAAGAGAGUCGCUUCAUUGUCACUUUCUACACCAGAUAAAUGUCCUUUUGAAGUGUCCAGGCCAAAAUUCGUUCCGGAAAAGCUGGACUUCAAAUUAUAUCAAAAGUUUGAAGGUCACAUGCUGAUAAAUUGGUUGAUGGCAGAAGAAAGUCUUAAGAUUCUUGCUGGUUUACAAGAUUUGAAAACUAUAGCAAUACAGUUUUGUACUCAUCUUUUAGCAGCAGGUGUUUUACAACAAAUUCCAGAUAAGGAUACACCUAUGUUUACUAUUUUCAAGCCGGAUUUAAUGUAUUACUGGACACAUUCGGAAGUUCCACAGUCAGUUCCGGAAACACCUGGAAAACUUACAUGCCUCUCAUGGCCACCAACAUCACCGACAGCUUCAAUUUAUCACACGCCAGGUUCGAAUACAGAUAGUUAUGGCGCACCAAAAUCCCCAGAUUACAUCAGUCAAAGCGAACUGGAAACCCGCCCAGAAUCGAAAUUAUCUGCGAAAGAAGUUGAAAUUCUUGCAUUAGAAGAUGAAGUGAAAAGACUGAAACAGGAAGUGGAGAAAUAUAAGACAUUAAUCGAAAUUCAAAAUUUAACCGCUCAAACUUUUAAGGAUUUUGGUUCUCCGGUUGAUGAAGAAAAUAAUAAGAAAUCUUUUUGUAGUAACUGUGAUAGUAGCAAAGUAGAUAUUAAGGAAAAUGUUUUAGAAUUUUAUGAUGAAAAUGCGAGCGUCGAUAGGGCUGUAGAUGUCACUGAUAAUGCGAUCAAGAGAAAUGUUAAAGACACCACUCAACAGACAAUACAAUUAUUUUCUCCAUCGAUAACAAAAUCUUCUGAAAAUAUUGUUGAACUGUUAAACCCGCAAGAUUGUUUAUCACCACCAAGAACUACUUCUUCACCGCGACCUGAAAAAGGAACACCGCCAUCGCUUUCCGUUUCAGAUUUUAUACAAGGAAUAGAUUCCCAAUUAUCACCCGUGACAGCAAAUCAACAAGAAAGUUCUUCCUUAUUUUCUGAAAAAUUGAAAAAAGAUGAAGAAAUAUCUCCUAAAUCAGCCCCGCCACCUCCUCCUCCCCCACCCAUUCCACCAUCAACACUUGAAAUAUAUCCAAUUCCACCACCUCCACCAAUACUUGAAAAUAAUAAUAUUCCGCCCCCACCAUCUCCUAUGUUACAAAUUAAUAAUACAUCCCAGACUAGAAUAAGCAGUGAAAGUGGAAUUCCACCUCCCCCACCACUUCCAUUGCUUGGAAUAAAUGGUGAAUGUGGAAUUCCACCUCCCCCUCCACUCCCUAUGGUUGAAAUUGGUGGACCACCACCACCUCCUCCUCCUCCAAUGUUGGGAAUGGGAGGUCCACCACCACCUCCUCCUCCCCCAAUGUUUGGAAUGGGAGGACCACCACCACCUCCACCAAUUCCUGGUGGACCGCCACCACCACCAAUGUCCGGGUUAAGUGGUCCACUUCCACCCCCAUUACCCCCUAUGGGAGGAGGGCCUGCUCCGUUGCCACCUCCGCCGGUUGGAGGUUGGGAUGCACAAAAGUCAAUGGCCCCGCCGCCACCAUUUGUAACUCAAGUGUUGCGGAAAAAUCCAAUUCUACCAACAAUUCCAAUGAAACCGUUAUACUGGACGAGAUUAUUAGUACCAGAGAAAGUUGAACCAAGCGUAGAUCCGGUAACCGGAUGUACACCACUUUGGAGUCAAAUCGAUGAAGUUGAACUGGGAGAGAUGUCCGAAUUUAUUAAUCUAUUUUCUCGGCAAAUUAGCACGAAGAAGGUUGUUGAAAAGAAAGUGGAAACAAAAACCAAAAUAGAACCCAUUAAAUUAUUAGAUAGUAAACGAUCAAAAAACGUUGGGAUUCUUGCUCAAAGCUUACACGUCGAAUUUAGCGAGAUUGAGAAUGCUAUUUAUAAUUUAGACACUUCAGUUAUUAAUUUGGAAGCAUUACAACGUAUUUACGAAGCUAGAGGUACUAAUGAAGAAUUGGAAUUGAUAAAAUCUCAUUUAGAAGCGAAUCAGUCGAUCCCUUUGGAUAAACCGGAGCAGUUUUUGUUUGAUUUAUCAAAAAUAUCAAAUUUCGCUGAAAGAAUAUCAUGUUUUAUGUUUCAAGUGGAAUUCGAUGACUCCAUAUCAACUAUUGAACAUACUUUAGCUAAUAUGAAGCUUACAUCGGAGUUUCUUAUGACGAAUUCAUCGCUCAAAGCUGUUUUCGCGGUGAUUCUCACUUUGGGAAAUUACAUGAAUGGUGGAAAUCGAGAUCGUGGUCAAGCCGAUGGAUUCGGAUUAGAAAUUUUAUCAAAAUUACGUGAUGUUAAGUCGAAAGAUUCCCGAGUUACUUUGUUACAUUUUAUAGUAAGAGUUUGUGUUAAACAAAUCGAAAAUCCUUUCGCUCCAAAUCUAUCGAUGCCGAUUCCGGAACCGGGUGAUGUUGAAAGAUCAUCUUCGAUUAAUUUCGAUGAUCUUAACUUAAAAUUGAAUCAAUUGCAAAAACAACUCGAAGCUUGUGAUAAUCGUAUAAAAAAAGUAAUACAAUACUCAAAACCGGAACAUUUAGAACCAUUUCAAGAAAAAAUGGCGGCUUUUAUGGAAAACGCACAAAAACGAUUAUCAUCAGAGCGUGAAAAUUUAGCUGAAUGUAAAGCAACGUUUAUCGAAACUAUGAAGUUUUAUAGAUUUAAGCCGAAAAAGGGGACCAUUGAAACAGUUAUGCCAUCAGAAUUCUUUAAUUUAUGGGCCCCGUUUUGUAAAGAUUUUAAAGAUAUCUGGAAAAAAGAAAUUAUGAAUUUGGAAAAAGAAAAAAUUCAAGCUUUACGUAAACAAGAAAGUGAAAGGUUGGCGGAAAACGUAAAAGGGAAAAAACGAGCGGGUGGAUUAAAGGCGAAAGUGGAAAAAAUGAAACAAAAAAUGAAAGCGUAGAAGUGAUAAUAGUAUGAUUGGUGCUCUUAACUCAAGUAUACAAAGUGUAUUUCGUAGUUUGUCCAAGUUUUUUUUGUCUCUUUAUAUCAUGUUUGUUGUUGAAAUAAUUUCGUCACUAGAUUUUCAGAAAAUUAUGUGAUUGUGUGAUGUAAAUUUACUUAUACAUAGUGUUGCCCUAUCUUGUUCAUACUAUCUAUAUUGAUAAUAUAUUAUUUACUUUUUUAAAA